AGGCCAGGGUAUAGCCAGUCCAAUGUACUGUACUCCCAGGUAACUGAUCAGACAAGAUGAAGUUGGCUGUUGUGCUGUUUGCCUUAGUGACCCUUUCUGAGUGCCUUCUCAAGAUUCCUCUGAUAAAGGGGAAGUCAGCCAGGCAGACUCUGGAGGAGAAGGGUCUGUAUGAAGAGUACAAGAGGAAGUAUCGCUACAACCCCAGAGCCAAGUUUAACAGCAGGGCGGGUGGUGCCAUGGUGCCCAUGAUCUACUAUCCAGAGUCGACAUACUACGGAGUCAUUGACAUCGGUACUCCCCCUCAGUCGUUCAAGGUUCUCUUUGACACGGGAUCUGCUGACCUGUGGGUGCCCUCUCUCCAUUGCAGCAGCAGCCAGGCCUGCAACAACCAUGCCAGGUUCAACACUACAGCAUCCUCCACAUUCCAGCCCAGCUCAGAGACUUUCUCCAUCCAAUAUGUCACUGGUUACAUGACAGGGGAUGUGGGAUAUGACACCGUAACAUUCGGUGACUUGUAUGUGACACACCAGAUCUUUGGCCUGAGUCUGGUGGAGGAUGCUUUCCUGGAUAACUUACCAUGGGAUGGGAUUCUGGGCCUGGCCUUCCCCGACCAGCAGUCAAUUAACGGAGGUACUCCUGUAUUUGACAACAUUUGGAAACAAGGAAAGAUCCCUCAAGACCUGUUCUCCAUCUAUCUGACCAGCUCUGUAGAUGGCAGUAUGUUAAUCCUGGGAGGAACUGACCCCUCCUACUUCACAGGAAGCAUCCAAUGGAUUCCCAUCUCUCAACCUACUGGCUACUGGCAGAUUAAUGUAGACAGUAUUACUAUCAAUGGGAAUACUGUGGCGUGUGCAGCGGGCUGCCAAGCUGUAGUAGACUCUGGCACCACUGAGAUCCUAGGGCCUACCAGGGACGUCAAUAACAUCAAUGGCUGGGUGGGAGCCUACAGUGAAGAGGGUCUUGUGAGUUGCAGUAACAUAAAGCGCAUGCCUGAGAUUAUCUUCAACAUCAAUGGAUUCGGCUUCACUCUCCCAGCAUCAACCUAUGUUUUCCCAUAUGGCUCCAGCUGUACUACUGGUUUUGGCACCUGGGACAAUGAUCAGUGGAUUCUGGGUGAGGUCUUCAUGAGGCAGUUCUACACGGUCUUCAACAGAGAACAGAACUCGGUGGGCUUGGCCCAGGCUAAAAAGAGUCCAGAGUCAGACUGACACUGACACCCCUGCUGGUGCCCUGACACCAUACCCGUCUGCAUCUCAGACUGAGAGAGAUUCGCCAUCCCAACCAUCUUCACUCCACUUAUGUUUACAUCUGAAGUGAACAAUAGACAUGGGUAAUGGAAAAUGAAAAAAUCUCCACUACUAUGCAAUUGUUCCAAUUAUGCAAAUAAAACAAAGUUAACCUGUA